AAGCGGAGUAAAACAAUGUGGCAACCCUGAAUAAAUUGAAGUUAAUCGACAACCCCAUGGAAAAUGUUUUUAUUUACAAUUUGACUUCGACGUUUGAGUUUAAUUAAAAUAAUGUUUCACAGAAAGAAUUACAAGUGUUUAUUAUUUAUUUUGGUUUUGGUAUUAUUGGGAGGCUUGAGCAACUGCUAUAUAGUAGAAUCACCAACCGUUCAAGUGGAAAUGGAUAAAGCCGGCAUGCACAGGACCCUUACGUACCGCCUGCGGUUCGAUUAUCCCUUGGUCGGCAAGGACUGCGAGUAUGUGCUGCUCCAGGCAUUGCCCGCAUCUGUUUACAUAAGCACGGACGAACUCGACGACUUACAGCGUCUGAAGAGGUUAAGUGCCGUCUAUCCGAAGUUCGUCAACAUUGAAGUGGCCACGGAACGGGCGCAGCCCUUCUCUGUCUUACUGAGCGGCACACCUAAGAUUACGGAGACCCUGAGGUUGCCCGUGCAUUUUCGCUACCAUGCACCCAGCGAUAAGCGAUCGGCGGCCACGGUGGCCAUACCUUUGCCAGAGCUCUACCUAAGCUGCCCGAUGGCUGAUAGUGAGCUCGUCGAGAACGAGUUGGUUGCCCGACCCGAUAAGCUCUACUGCCUUAAUGCACCAGAAAGCCGAUUCGACGAGAACAUUGUCAAGGACGGCCAGCCGACGACCAUUGCUAAUCUGGAGCGCUGCAACUGGAGGCGGGUGCACGUGGACUGCCAGCUAAAGACGCCGCUGCGGGCCGAGAUUCCCGUUGGGCAGGCGAAUGCCUUUGGCCCGGUGCUGUGCGGCACCAUCCUGCUUGGUUGGUCUCUGGCCCUUUGGACCAUCAUCCGCUCGAUAGCCAACACACGACGCAUCAAUCAGCGCCUUAACGAGCAGCGACUGCUGCAGCAAAAGGUCAAGUAACAGGCGACGAGGUCGGUGCGAUUCCAGGACAACAAUGGAUAAUCAAACGACUCAUUCCGGCGACUACAAAGGGCUGUAAAUAUUUAUUAGUAUGUGUGCAUAGACAAUUCAUUUAUUGGCAUACCCAAAACGACAUAAUUAUCCUAUAAACGUGCCACACAUCGUAAAGUCUUAUUCGGGCUUAUCACAUAACUAAGUCAUAUUAAGCUUCCUUUAGCAUAAUUGUAAACAUAAACCAAUAUCUUAAGUUAGAGCUAGGCAUUUCCGAAAAUCGCUGGCACAGACGGCAAGCUUUAAUAAUAACUUAUCAUUACUACAA